UACAUAUGACACAACAGUAGCUGACUCUGGAUUUGCUGGGCGCUGUAGUUUUUUUACCCAUCCCCGCUGUGUCUUUCUAUACUCGAAUUUUACACUAAGAACCACAUCUCCCUGCCUUGCUUGCGACGCCGCCUGUAGGUCCUCCCAGUCUUCCUGUUUUAGGGCGGCCAGUUCAAGUUGCCAUAGCUGCAGUAAUAGAAAGUGAAAUAGCAGUUGCAGGUAAAAUGAUGUGAUUUGAGUUAAUGUGAGUUUGUUACAAGCAGCAACCCUACCCAUGGCAGAGUCUUCGAGUGAUUCCGAUACUUACCAUAGAAAUCGGGGAAGCCGCCCAGGACCGGUUCGAGCCACACAUUUUGGCCCCCAAAGAAGAAGCAGAAUAAAUUCGUCUGGAGACAUUUCUGGGAAAAUUGAAACUUUGGCAAGCACUUUGCAGGAUACAAGUCGAAAUCUUAAUUAUGUUGAUCGGAUGUUGGGCCAAUAUAGAGAGCACACAGGGGAUCAAGCAGAAGCAAUGACAACACUGAGAGACAAUUUAGAAGAGUCUAUACACCAGCUAAGACACCAGCGAUUACGGAGAAACUCCGGAUCAACUUUACAUACAAGUGACUUAGAUGGCGGAUCAGCUUCUGGCAAGUUUGUAAAGGAAUAAUUGUGGAUAUGCCUU